CUUGGUUUCAUAUGUCGACGCACACGGGAGCAGGGGAAGGAGGAGGGGGAUACGCUUGGAAUUGCAGUUUGACGGCGUCGUCGAAAAGUUCCACACAAAGAAUGGACCAGCAGCCGGUAGGGACUGGGGGACAAACUUUCUUGGAUUUGAUGGAGGGCAGUUUCUUUCAAGGCCGUCGAUAUAUGGAGCAUUAAAUGUGGACUUCUCUGGAGAGGCACACGAGAAGGAUUCAAUUUUUUUUCAUACGGAUUUGGAUCUAGCUUGAAGGAGCUGAGUGAGCACAUUUUGGGGUAACAUCUCGAGAGGAAAUGGGGAGAAAAGUAAAAAUAAGUGAGGAGUAGGCUAGACUGCUUCAUCCUCGCUUUAAUGAACUUGUGCAUGUCCUAAUAUCCUAGGCUAGAGUACUUCUAUUUUCACAUAGCGUUGCAUGCUUUAAAACGAUGACAUUAUUUACUUACUGUUAGAUGAAUGAAUUGAGGCACAAUAUUCAGAAAGCUGUCAGGGCUUUGUUUAGGCAUGACUACUGUUGAGCGAGUGCAGGGUAGCAUUUCUGUUGGUGAAAUUUGAGUAUGAAAGAGUUUAAAUGUUGGUUCAAAGGGGUAGGCUACUUUGUAGCACUGGGGCGAUGUAACUCUUAAGUGAAGUUAAGUAUUUUCGUUCGUUUCGUUGAGAAUCUACAACCCCUCCCCAGGAUUUGUUUUAAUUGUACAAUAUAGUGAUAGGCCUAUCGAUAAAGCAUAUGGCUAAGAACAGCUGUCUUUUGACGAUUGAAACGGUGCAGAGAUGAUGUGGCUAUGAUCCAUUAUAACCGGCGACUUAGACUGAACAAUUGCUAUGUUUGACCUACAUGUGACGUGAAUCACCCUGUCUUUGAUGGCGUUUUUUGUCGUUCAGGGAGAUUCUGAUCGUAAUUACACUUUCACAGCACAGAUUCGGUGCACACAAGCUGGACACUGCCUUUCGGUGCGAAGAUUGUUUUUCAGUUUAGUUUGUAGUCCACAACUGGACAACAACGAUAUUCCAGUGGCCACUACCGGGACAGGCAUCUUGACUGAGAGCCUGAUGGUCGACCAAGACCACUCUGCAAAUUCAGUUUUUUGCCGGAUUUGAUGCUGAGCCUGGAAUCUACCUUAAUUUGCUUUUAAACGGAGAACGCCACAUCCUGUGUUUUAUGCCUGACUGUGACCAGGCAUGCAGCUGAAUCGACCAAAGAGCGCUCUAAUCAGCUUCACUCCACCGCUGUUGCCCUCAGAGACACCACAUUCCUUUUCUAGUCAGUUCAAAACAAUGCGGUUUUCAUACCACAUCAGCAGCGGCUUGCCGAGUCCUCAACCGGUCCUGCGAAGGAUAGGCCCCUCUUCCUCUAGUCCUCGGCUCCUAACAAAGAGCCUCUCCCUGGAGCCUGGAACUGGUCCUUGCCUUGGGGCGCACGAGACCCCCCAACGUCUCUGCUCUGACCCCGGUCCUCUAGGGCCUCAGCACUGCAAUGGCACCAGUGAGAACGGAGCACAAGACACGCCCCCCAUGGCCCCAAAAACACGGCCGCCUUUGCCUGGUCCAAAACCACAAGUGCCCCCGAAGCCACCUCAUCUACAGCAGAGUGCACGGCGCCCCCGGCCCCCAGACAAACCUCUGCCCCCACCACCGCCCUGCAGGCCACUCCCGGCGGACCCCCGCGCACCGCGGUCUGCAACCCCCCGGGCCGAGGGGACAUCGUCCCCCACCUGUGUCCACUCCCUCAUUGAGAAAUUUGAGAGAGAGCAAAUCAUCGUUGUGCCAGAUAUCACAGGAGGGGUGAUGUGUAUCCCAAGAGUCCCUGAGCAGCAAUCAGGAAGUGGUGCUAGUACCCCCCCAGUUUCAGACACCCCCCUGCCUUGCCCCCUCCCUCAGGACGUGCUGGAGAUGCCACUGUCUUCCGCUGAGAAGGAGAAAGAGGACAAGGAGGAGGAACUGGACGACAACGAGGCGGAGAGCGAGGAGCUUGGCGCCUCUUGCUCGGAAAAACGCCUGUCUAUGGAGUCAGGCUAUAGUGCUUCCGACAAACUAUUGGAUGCAGUGGAGAUGAGAGAUCUGAUGGCGAGCCAGUCAGAUGUCCCGUCCGACCGGCUGUCCCUCCCCCCUCAGCAGACGGACGGGAAGCUGGCCAAUAGGGACAGUGGCAUCGACAGCAUCAGCUCCCCAUCUCACAGUGAGGAGUUGUGCUUCGCCGGCGACGAUGACAGGGUUGGCCCUGAACGCGAGAUCUAUCCCUGCAGCCCUCUGCCGACUCUUCCUCGCCUCUCCUCCUCAUCCUCGUGCGGCUAUGCAGAUGGGCAGGGACAGGAAGGUGGGGCGUCCAGUGGAGGAGCGCGAGACUCGGAAGGAGACAGCGACCUUGAGGAGGGGAGUGGAGAUGAAAGCGAGAUCAAUCCCAUGGCCCUGCAGCCUCUCGCCCUUCCCAAAACAGAAAGGCAAGACUCCGCUGAGCUGUCGAUUCAACAGAGGGUGUUCAACAUCGCCAACGAGCUGCUGCACACAGAGAAGGCCUAUGUGGCGCGGCUGCACCUCUUGGACCAGGUGUUCUGCGCCCAGCUGAUGGAGGAGGCGCGGGCACGAGGCUCCUUCCCCUGCGAGGUGGUCAUGGGAAUCUUCUCCAACAUCUGCUCCAUCUACUGCUUCCACCAGCAGUUCCUGCUGCCAGCGCUGGAGAAACGCAUGGAGGAGUGGGAGCAGAAUCCUCGUAUUGGGGACAUCCUGCAGAAGCUUGCUCCCUUUCUGAAGAUGUAUGGGGAGUAUGUGAAAAAUUUCGACCGAGCCAUGGAGCUGGUGAACACCUGGAUGGAGCGCUCAUCUCAGUUUAAAGCCAUCAUUCACGAUAUCCAGAAAGAAGAACGGUGUGGAAACCUGACCCUGCAGCACCACAUGCUGGAGCCGGUGCAGAGGAUCCCGCGCUACGAGCUCCUGCUCAAAGACUACCUGCACAGGCUCCCUGAGGACGCUGACGACUUCAAGGAUGCACAAAAAUCUCUGGAGCUGAUCGCCACAGCUGCCGAGCACUCCAACGCAGCCAUCAGGAAGAUGGAGCGCAUGCGAAAGCUGUUGAAGGUGUACGAGUUGCUCGGAGGAGAAGAGGAUAUCGUAAACCCUACUAAUGAGCUCAUUAAGGAGGGGCACAUCCUCAAACUCUCGGCCAAAAAUGGAACCUCACAGGAUAGAUACCUCAUACUGUUCAAUGACAGGUUACUGUACUGUGUUCCAAAGUUGCGACUCAUAGGGCAGAAAUAUGGAGUCAGGGCCCGGAUAGAUGUAGACGGCAUGGAGCUGAAAGAGACCAGCAGCAUGAACGUCCCAAGGACAUUCCUUGUGUCAGGGAAGCAGCGUUCGCUGGAGCUUCAGGCCAGGACUGAAGAGGAAAAGAAGGAUUGGAUUCAGGCUAUACAGGCUACUAUCCAGAGGCAUGAACAGACUAUGGAGACGUUCAGGAUGCUGAAUUGUUCCUUCCGCGAAGAGGACUACACUCCUCCCAACUCUCCUAACUGCACAGAACUAGGGAAGCGUGCCCCAACACCUAUCCGAGAGAAGGAGGUGACUCUGUGUAUGAAGUGUCAAGAGCCGUUCAACUCCAUCACCAAGAGACGCCACCACUGCAAAGCCUGUGGCCAUGUGGUGUGCGGAAAAUGCUCAGAGUUCCGUGCUCGCCUGUUGUAUGACAACAACCGAGCAAACCGUGUGUGUGUGGACUGCUACACCACGCUUGUGGGAGUGCCUCCUUCUCCUGCCAGCUUGAUUAGCAGUACCCAGAGACGUCGCUCCAUCCUGGAGAAACAAGCCUCCGUGGCAGCAGAAAACAGCAUCCUCUGCAGUUUCUUGCACCACAUGGAGAAAGGAGGGGGGCGUGGCUGGCAAAAAGCCUGGUUUGUCAUUCCAGAGAAUGAACCUUUGGUGCUCUACAUCUAUGGUGCACCACAGGAUGUGAAAGCCCAGCGCAGUAUUCCUCUUAUUGGGUUCGAAGUCUCCCUCCCAGAGCCAUGUGACCGGCUGGAGCGCCGCCAUGCCUUCAAGAUGAGCCAGAGUCACCUGACGGUCUACUUCAGCGCCGACAGCGAGGAGCUGCAGCGACGCUGGAUGGAGGUCCUAUCACGAGCCGGCAGAGGGGAGGAACUACAGUCCCACGGGCCAAUCUCAGAGGCCCUGGAGGAAGAGGGGGAGGAGCUAGCCCCUGUGGGAGAAAGCACAUGAUUUGUCUAUAAACAAAAAAUAUUACAGAUAUCAUCCCCUUUUGCACACACUCGAAAAACUUAACAAAAACACGAGCGCACAUGAACAGUUACAAACCACAGACACACCCUCUCAGACAUACAGACACACGUCAAAACACACACACACACACACACACACGCUCACUUCUCUGUACUAAGUGUCAGUUGUCAGUUGCAUGCAAUAUCUACAAGGUACGUUUCUCCGUGUAUUGCUCAUCUUGUGAGUGACCAGUGUUUGCAAUCCUGCCAAAGUGUACACACCCUCAAAGAAGACGCAUCAGAGACAAAACACCAUAUACGCUCUUACUGAAUAGAAACCCCCCCUUUCCCUCUGGCUAGCGAUACUUCUUCUGUUGUUCAGUUGCAUAGCACCCCACUCUUUCUGCCAAACUUUGCUGUGUUGUUUAUUAAUGAGUGAGGUCUGUUUGGGGUGGAGUGUUUGUAACUUUGUUCUUGCUGGCAGAAGGAUUGUGAUAUUUCUUACUUCGCUGUGACAGUUCUGUUAAUAUCAUUGAGUGUAUUUACAUGGAAAGGAGCAGUCAAGUUCAGUUGUGGGAUAUGGCGAGCUUAAGGACGGCGAGAGGAGUAGAGAGAAGAGGACAGGAGAGGAUAUGCCACUGUUAGCCUCCAUGCUGAUGACACUCCAGCUUGCACAAUGAGAGAGACUGCAGUGUGUCACUGAUGGGUAAUGGCGCCAAGGGUUUUAGAGACUUUGUAUUUUUUAGAGAGAUGUAUGUACGUACGUAUAAUCUGGCAAUAGGUCCCUGUCCUGUUAAGGUUCCCAUAGUGGUGCUUGUACAAGCAUAUACAUAGACACUUUAAAGAACACCUAGAAGGGGCCAAAUGGCUCUGUGUUAUUGUGCAAAAUCUCCCAUAGACAGGGCAACUCCCAAGGGUGCUGUAUUAUGAGCUUAAAGACCAAUCAAGCAAUUCAGCCACUUUUAACAAUCUUAUUAGAGUCAGUGUCUAGUGCCUGUCCAGUGUGCUAGACACAGGCUUGAGAGGGCUAAUGGCCCUCAGCACUGUAGAGGGGAUUUGCUUUUUUAUGAUGACCAAGUCCUAUUUUACUAAACAGCCCCUCUGCCAUCCAGUGGAGUGCGGCUGUAUUACAGCGUCUUUAUAAGGCUGGCUAACGUUUUUCCCCUCAAUCAAUUGUACAGAAAGGAGAUUAAAAACUCCCCAAUAAGAAAACAAUUUUUCACUGA